AUGGUGAAGUCGGCGGAGGACUGGUAUCAAAGACAUAUGGCCAUGUCUCCAUUGGACCGAGUUCAACACGAUGUCAGACCACCGCAAGAGGUGAACUUGGAGAAAUGGUCGAGAUUGGAGCGACGGAUGGCAUCACUGCUUCUGCAAGCAGUUCCCGAAGUGGUGAAGGAGGAGCUGAUUUCGGCCAGAAGAUUGAGCAUUUUUGGGAUUCUGACGCAGCUGUUGCUGACCUACUGCCCGGGCGGUGUGCUGGAGAAGCAGACAUUGCUCCGCAGUUUGGAGGAUCCUAUGGAAGUUGCAACGAUGGCCGAAGCUCCCUCAGCGAUCAGAAGAUGGCUUCGCUGGAAGUUGCGGUCUCAGGAGAUAGGCUGCAAGGUGCUGGAGUCCAACAAAGAACUUCAAUUUCGGGUUAGUUUGGCCCGAAAUUCCCUUGGAGUGGACACAAGACCUACCGACAUCACCGUCAACCAGUUUGCAACACAUCUCUUGGCGGAGGUUGAGCAGGUUUCUUCGGCAGAAAAGAGAGCUGCCUCUGUGGGGAUGAAGGGCGACGUGAAGCUCAAGGCCAUGGAGGUGGACAAAGGGAAAGGCAAGGGUAAAGACAAGCUGGAUGGCGAUGAGAAGCAGAAACCCAAAUGCAAGUUUUACCUCACAGAUGGAGGAUGUCGAAAAGGAAAAGAAUGUGGAUUUAGCCAUGAUGUGAGAGAUGAGAAGAGGCGUUGCUACACCUGCGGCAGCGUGGAUCAUUUUUCUCCGUCCUGCACCAGAUCGAGGGGCCCAUCAUCAGAGACGAGCCCUACCAAACCCAGAAUGGCAAAGGACCCUGAAGUUAGCAGCCAAGCCAGUUCAGACAGUGCCGUGAAAGAUCUUUUGGAGGAGGCGAACAAGAUGCUGAGGUCUCUGUCGUCAAAACCAUCUUCAAGCCAAGCGUCUUCUGGGGGUAGCACUCAGGAGGAUGAACGCAAAGAUGUGAUGGAAAGGCUUCAGCAGCAGUUGAAGGCUAUGAAAGCUUUCAAGAUGAGGAGAUUGGCCACAGGAGCGGAUGUGGGAUUGGUUGAUUCAGGGGCGACUCAUGCACUUCGCCCUCGCAGAGAUGGUGAAAACGUCCAGAAGUAUCCACUGGUUGAUGUUGGCCUAGCAGAUGGAAGAGCUGUGAGGCUACGCAUGGCGCCUGGAGGAUCAAUGAUUGCCCCUUCGCCGGCAAUUGAGCCGAUUGUGCCGAUGGGACAGCUGACGGAGGUGCUGGGGUGCCAGAUUGUUUGGAGUCAUGGAGAAAUGCAGUUGAGACAUCCAGAAAAAGGGGAUAUUCCAAUUCAGAUGAAGGAGGGAUGCCCACAUCUUGCCAAGUCCAUAGCAUUGGAUUUGAUUGCGGAGAUUGAAGAUGCGAAGGUUGGCAUACCAAAGACCCUUGGUGAAUACGAUGAGGAGGUGUGCUGGAUGAAAAGAUUGGUGGAACAACGCCCAGUACUGUCGUCUCUCCCAGAGUACAUCAAGGAGAAACUUGUGGUCUGUCCAGGUGAGUGGUCCGCGCUUCCGGGAAAUCGUCAUCAGCGAAAAAGGUGGCGACGGGAUGGGAUGAUGGUUCAUUUGUCUGCUGGACCUGAUUUUGGUUUUACUUUGAAGAGGGCACUACGUCAACUGGGUGGACCUGAUGACAAGCUGCUUGAGGUGGAUCUGAAGAGGGGUCCACAUCACGAUGUUAUGACGGAUGAGGGUGUCUAUGCUGGCCUGAUCAGAGCCGCGAUUGAGUCCAAGAUUCUGGCUGUGGUGGCUGGUCCAAAUUGCAGGAGAUGGGGUGGAGAGGAGUUUGGGGUGAAAGAAGCCACAGAGGAGGAGAUUCAGAAGUUGCAUGAGGAUGACAUCAUGACGAGUGGAAGGCGAUUGCGAAAGAGUUCGCCUUGGAAGAGAUCACUUUCAAGCAGGGUACCAUGGGAGGAGCUUCUCCUAAGCCCUAAGCCUACGACGUUUGGUGGAAACUUGGAGCUGAACGUGGACGUCUUCCAAAGAAGGAGCUUUGGGAGCCCUGUCAAGGUCUCGAGCUCAACUGAUUUGUCAAGAUGGGCUCCUGGAGUGAUGUCUAUGGUGUCUUCAGCACUGAUUCAACAGGUAUGUCAGUCCGGCGUGAAACUCCAGUCCAUGACAUGGGAGGAACAUUUGGAGUUCAGACAUGCUCCUUAUCGACGUGACUGCAGAGUAUGUCAAGAGAGCUCUCAACAGUGUGCCCCGCAUCGUCGAGUCAGAGAUACACUUGCAGGUGUGCUGUCGAUAGACACUGCUGGUCCACUGAAACCAGCCUAUGAUUCUGGUGGAGCUAUGGCACGAUAUUUCCUUGUGGGUGCUUUGACGUGGAGGGUGCCUCGAGGAACAGACAAGUUGAAGGAUCCACCAGAAGAGGAUCUCCCGGAUGAUGCCCCAAUGAUUGAAGCAGAAGGAGAAGAUGGUGAAGUUCAUGAUGAAGUUCAGGAUGAAGUUCCACUGGAUGAGGACGGGUCGGGACAAAGGGUCCUGGUCCAGCUCUCCGGUGAAGCGCCGGGUGAUGAGAGGAGCCACCCUGGCGGGGUCCCUGAUGAGGACGGGUCGGGGGGUGAACCCCUGGUCCAGCUCUCAGGUGAAGGAGCAGAGCCAGCUGAGCCGCUCCAGACCCAUGGUCCUCCGACCUUGGAGGAAGCCACAGAACUGCGAGUUUUUCGCGUGGCCUUGCCGAUGAAAUCAAAGAAGGCAAGAGAAGUUGUAGCCACGGUGAUGGAGUUUGUCUUGCGAUUGAGGUCAGAGGGGUAUCACAUCGGGAGGAUCCACUCAGACCAGGGCCACGAGUUUGCAGGUGAGUUCAGGAGGUGGGCAUUGCAACGUGGAAUCUACCUGACGAGAACGGCAGGUGAUGAUCCUCGUGGAAAUGGACGAGCUGAGGUUGCAGUGAAAGCCUUCAAGAAUUACAUCAGAAGGACGCUGAGACAGGCGUCGGUGGAUGCGAAAUGGUGGCCUUUGGCACUACGAUACUCCAAUGAGGUUCAAAGGUGCAUUCGAAUGGGAACAAAGCCUGAUUGGCCUAGAUUCCUUCAGGAAGUGAGGGUGAGGAAAAGAACUUGGAAGAAGGACGAUUUGUCGUCACGUGUGGAGCAGGUGCAGUAUCUCUGCCCUUCCAUUGAGAAUCAUGGCCACUGGAUCUACAAGUCUGGUGAAGCUCCAAGGCUGACGAGAUACAUCCUGGCACCAACGACAGAGCCUGAGGAUGACACGGUUUGGGUUGCAGUUGAACGAGAGGGCCGAGAUGCUCAAGAGCAGCGGAGGAGGAUCAGAGGUAAGUCCACCUUGAGAAAGAUGGAUGCUUCCUUGAUGAGUUCAGAAGAAGUCGAAGAGGAGGAAAAGAAGAUUGAAGUUCGAAGGGUUAUGAAGUUGGUUGAGGAGGAAAUGCAGACUCUCAUCAACGAAGACGCAGAGAUUGCAGCAGAUGAGGUCCGAAUUUUGGGACGCUUGAGAAAGAUGGUGGAGGAACAGGGGGAGAGUGAAGAGAUUUUGCAGACCAAGAUCAUUUCUCCCAAGGAGGUUCUUCGAAACUGGACUGAAUGGGAACCUUCCAUCAGAAGUGAGGUGGAAUCAUUGACGGUGGAGAAGUCUGCUCUGAAGCCAUUGACGAAGGCAGAAGUUGAGGAGUUGAAGCUUCAAGCACAGAAAGAGGGGAAGAAGUUGGAAAUCUUGCCCUCCAAGAUGGUGUUUACGAUCAAGCCAGGUGGGAAGCUGAAGAGCAGGUGGGUUGUCUGUGGGAACUAUGAGGAGAAAAAGGAGGGGGAAGAGACCUACUCCACAGGCGCAGACGCAACCACUUUGCGUCUUUUGGUUUGGACGUCAACAAAGAUGGGUUGGUGUGGGUGCGUGCUUGAUGUGCGCACGGCGUUUUUGAACGCUGAAAUGGAGCAGUCGCCUGAGGAGGAUUUGCUGCUGAUUCAGGCUCCACAUGUUUUGAGAGAGGCCAAGUUUUUCAAAGGAGAAGCACUUUUUCUGCCGUUGAGGGCGGUUUAUGGGUUUCGAAGAUCUCCAAGGUUGUGGGGACUACACCGUGACCGAACCAUGAGAGACAUGAAGAUUUCGGUGGUGUUGGACGGCAGAAAGGAGAUGCUGGUCUUGAAACAGAUGGAGUCUGAGCAGAACCUUUGGAAGGUGGUUGUUUUGAGAAAGGGCUUUCAAGAAGAUCUGGAAGAUGAGUUUGUCUCCAAUGGCCGGGUGGUUGGACUGGUCAUGACGUAUGUUGAUGACAUCCUGAUCACCGGCAGGUAUGAGGAUGGCGAGAAAGUGAGAAAGAUUCCCAUCAUACGGGAUCAAGCUGCCAUGAAUCAUGAUGUGACCCCACCGUCACCAGAGGGGGUCAAGUCAUGUCAGAAGGUCAUUGGAGAGUUGCUCUGGUUAGUCACACGUACACGACCAGACCUGAUGUUUGGAGUUUCAAGGAUGGGCGCGAGUGUUCUCAAGUCCACCCACGUCAUACAGGAGACAGCCAAGCAGAUGAGGCUGUAUUUGAGGGCCACUUUGGAAGAAGGAUUGAAGUUUGAGGAGAGACCAGAAGACCCAAUCAACCUGUAUGUCUACUCAGACUCCAGCUUUGCCCCGGAGUCAGAUGAGUCGCAUGGGUCUUUCAUUGUUUUGGCCAAUGGAAGUUCAAUGUUUUGGAGAAGUGGCCGCCAAUCCGCGGUGACCUUGAGCACGGCAGAGUCGGAGCUCACGGAACUGGUGGAGGCGAUGGUGGCGGGCGAGUCUGUCUAUGCCAUCAUCUCGGAGUUGUUUGCCGAGGUCAACCGCAUCGCACUUUGCGAUUCUCAAGCUGCUUUGGCGCAGGCGGUCUUGAGGGGUGAUUGGCAGGUGGGCCACGUUCCUGGAGAGCGCAUGAUAGCAGACAUAGGAACCAAAGCUCUGGCAUCGACACGAAUGCUCGGCAUGAAAAAGACUGGGCAUGUGGAAGUUGAGGAUGCAGGAAAGAAUGAAGAGAAGGGGAAGAAGAUCCCUUCACAUCCACAGGGACCGGAAGUUGCCACUUUGGCUUUGUGGCUGAUCACCUUAGCCGCCACUUUGCAGAUGUCAAAGGCCAUGGAGGACGACGAGGAAGAAUCUUCAGCCGAAUUCAAUCAGCUGAUGAUGAUCUAUACCAUUUUGGUUGUGAUGGCUACCCUGGGUCUUCAAGUUUUGUGGAAGGUAGGAGUAAGCUCAGCCUGCAGUAGCUUGAGGAAUUGGUUACUUGGCGGCGAGAGCCGAAGCCUCCCUGCGGAGCCUGAAGAACCUGAGGUCAGAAGGCCGAACAUUGAGGAGUUGAUGACACCAAUGGGCCGCGCUGAGGACGGGUCGGGGAGAGGAGCCCUGGUCCAGCUCGCGCAGGCCGGCUGGAGGCACGCUGUAGAUGGGACAGCUGUGCCCGGCCCAGGUGAAGAUCCAACACCGAGCCGCGCUGAGGACGGGGUCGGGACAGGGGGUCCUGGUCCAGCUCGCGCAGGCUAG